AUGAAGCUCAUCCCACGGUCCACCAGCAUCAUCGUCGUCCGCCCUUCCAGCCUCGUAAGAUCCCGCACUCCCUUCUCGGCAGUCCGAAGCUGCCCUUCUCAGGUAUCUGGCUGCAGAGCUUUCUCGUCUUACAAUCCUGCAAUCGCUGGGCUUACGGCGAAUCAAGAAGAGUUUCGCGAUGCAGUGCAUACUUUUGCUCAGAAAGAGAUUGCCCCGAGGGCAGCGAAGAUUGACAAGACCAACAAGCUUCCUUCUGACAUCUUCCCGAAGCUAGGCGAGAUGGGUCUGUUGGGAGUGACGGUGCCCGAAAAGUGGGGUGGAUUGGGACUCGGGUAUCUGGAGCAUACUAUUGCUAUGGAAGAAAUUAGCCGAGCAUCACCAAGUAUCGGGCUCAGCUACGGCGCACAUUCCAACCUCAUGGUUAACCAGCUCGUCCGCUGGGGCAAUGAAGAGCAGCUCUCCAAAUACCUCCCUCCCCUCCUCACCGGUGAACACGUCGGCUCUCUCGCAAUGUCCGAACCCAACGCCGGUUCAGAUGUCGUCUCUAUGCGGAGCAACGCUGUCAAAGGUAAGGAAGGCGAAGGGUGGGUGUUGAAUGGCAGCAAAUGCUGGAUCACAAAUGCCACCGUCGCGUCUACGUUUUUGAUUUACGCCAAAUCGGAUACGAGUGUGGCGCCUUCAAAGGGAAUGACAGCCUUCUUGGUAGAGAGAGGUUGGAAGGGAUUCGAUGUUGGAAAAGGGCUGGACAAGUUUGGCAUGAGAGGAUCUCCAACAGCAGAACUAUUCUUUGACAACGUCAAUAUCCCCACCAGCAAUGUCUUGGGGAGGGAAGGAAAGGGUGCUGGUGUGUUGAUGUCGGGCCUUGACCUGGAGCGAUUGGUACUGAGUGGCGGUCCACUAGGGAUCAUGCAGUCAGCCUUGAACUUGGCGCUGGAGUACACUCACCAGAGAAGACAAUUUGGAAAACAGAUCGGCACUUUUCAGUUGAUGCAGGGGAAAAUUGCAGGCAAGUUUUACAUGUAUACCAAAAUGAGCGCCUGUCGAGCGUAUGUCUAUGCCGUCGCGAGAGCAUGCGAUGCUGGUAAGGUUUCACGACAGGAUUGCGCCGGGGCCAUCUUGUACAGUUCCGAUAAAGCAGUGGAGGUCGCUAUGGAAGCUCAACAGUGUUUGGGUGGAAAUGGGUACAUCAACGGUGAGGCCUCCACUUUUGCACCUUCCGAAUUGCAUCGCGCGCUCUUUCACCGGCUGACACAAUUGCCCGCAGACUAUGCAGCCGGCAGGCUUUUACGCGAUUCAAGACUGUAUACGGUCGGUGCGGGGACACAGGAGAUUCGGAGGAUGUUGAUUGGGAGAGAGUUCAAUGUGGUAUUUGGCAACGGCGAAUAG